AUGGCACAGAGACAGCUCUACGGAGGCGCAAUCACCACCACCAUCCCACCCACCUUCGUCGACGCGAGCGACCUGCGACAGGUGCCAGACACACAGGAAGUCUUCCUCGCACCCGACUCGGACCUCAGCUUAAUCACAGAGGUGCUCGAACUCGUCAAGGACGACGGCGCAGGAGACGACCUCGAGCGGGCUGUCCGCUUCCACUUCUCCUCCCUCGCACACGACAACUCGGCCCUCUCCUCCUCCGUCACCUCCGUCUCGCUCCCCUCCUCGCCGUCCGCUCCCAAUCCCCAAGGUCCCGGUCUGCCAACCAUCCUCGGUCCCGCCGUCCUCUCGGGCCUGCAAACAAUCUCGAAAUUCAACCGCCCAGCCUCAGAAGCCGACACCGUCUUGAUCCUCCUCGCUCUGUGGCGUAUCCCACAACGAGAUGCGGAUGUCACGUUGUGUGUCAACUGGCCGGUUAAGUAUGGAGAGACGGGAGAGGAGAGGAGCGAGGAGGAGGCGAGGAGGGUGUUUGAGGAGGCGAUCAGGGCGUUCGAGAUCAAGGACUUUGGGCUGUUUGCGGGUGGGGAGGCAGCUGGAGGGGCGUAG